AUGGAAAUGUUUAUUCAAGGAGAAUACUAUGAAUUGUUGGAGAGUAUUACUGUUGGUCCAACUAUUCAAAUAAAGCUAGAAGAUGGACAACAAUUCAAGAAAGUAAGAAGUGAAUUUAUUGCUGAUGAUUUGGCUGUAUUAAGGAAAAAUGCAAGUGCAAAGAACAUCCUAGUGUGUAGACUAGGUCUAGCUGAGUACAACAAAGUUUCUACUUGCAUCACUGCUAAACAAAUUUGGUAUGCCUUGGUGAAUGCACAUGAGAGCACCACUCAAGUGCGAAAAAUCAAAAUUGCUCUCCUCUUUACCAAAUAUAAAGAUUUUAUGAUGAAGGAAAACGAAUCCCUUCAUCAGAUGAUGUCAAGACUCACUGCCUUAACAAAUGAAUUGACUUCUCUGGGAAAACUCAUCCCUACUACGGAAUAA